CUUGGCACAAAUGUCGGACUCCAAAAGUUGGCGCAUCCGCCUGGACGAAAAUUGUUGCACUCGGGACGAAGGCGUUGCGGCCUAAGAUUCAGACUUCUACAUGUAUGCGCGGUCGCCGGCGCAAAUGGACGUGCUUGGAAAGCGAAAGCGGGAAGUCGCAGUCGUGACACGACACCGCGAGCGCACCUCAGACGACAAACCUACUCCUGCAGCUGCACCUGAUGUGGAUCGAGACGUCUUUCGCAAAUACUUCGAAUCCACGUUCGAGCCCUUAUCGGAAUCUCACACCGCAACACCUUCGCUGUCAGACGAGGAAGAGGACGAGGACGACGGAAUCGAGUCAGCGCAGGAAGAAUCUUCGUGGGAAGGCCUCUCCGAUGUAGAGAACAGAGAUGCGAACGUGGAGAUAGUUGAACAUCGGGCGCUCCUCGAAGAAAGGGAAGAUGCUGAAUUCCAACGGCAGCAAUACAAGACCUUCAUGAGCACAAAGCCGCCCAAGGAGGUAGAGCAGGCGGCAAGCAAAACAUCCGACAGAGGAGCUGACGAUGAAGACGCAUUCGAAGCGCAGAAUUUGAAACAUGACCUGGAUCUCCAACGUUUGUUGAAAGAAUCCCACUUAUUGGAGCAAGCAAAGUCAUCACCGGCACCUGGAACACAGCGACAUAAAGCUGUCGACAUGCGAAUGCAAUCACUAGGGUCCAAAGACUCUUUGUUUCAUCAGGAAAAAAUGCCCCUAUCGCACAGGAAGGGUAUCCUGGCAAAGGCGACAAGCCGCGAGGCAGUGCGCAGAAAGGAAGCCAAGGAGAAUGGUAUCAUACUGGAGAAGCCCUCCGGAAAAGCCAGAUCGACUGUCCGAAGGGAGCGUGGCGUCGAUGUACCUGCAGUGGGCAGAUUCCGAGGUGGCACUUUGAAACUUAGCAGGACAGACAUCCUCGACAUCCAGGGACCGGGUCGAGGUGGCGGAAAGAAGGGUCGUCGAUAGCGCCACUGUUCGUUGAGGCAUUGAUGAUGUUGACGACGUGGAGUCCAUGGCAAGCCGCCCGUACUCUGCUGUUCUCCUUUUCACUCUGGACGCUACGCAGAGGGACGUGUUUCGUAUUCUGCCAGGGUUUUUCGGCUGGCUUUCGGGCUGGUCCGGCCAGGACGAAAGGCCUCCGAACGGCCUACACGCCUAAUCGACGCCAUGGCAGAGCCAACUCACAUUUGUCAUGAGCGGAGUGAUGUCGACAUCAUCACUGGUGGACAUGGAGACUUCGAAACAUGUACCCCUCGCCCGAUCUUGACGGGCGCUGCUUUGGGCGAAGAACAUUCCUUACUGUUGCACCACUGCCUCAGCCUUGGAGAUCUAGGCAAGCGUGGCAAGGAAGAAUAUCCGAGCCAGCCUGUCCAGUCAACAUUGAACGUCGUCUCCGUUUUCAAGGUCUCACCAUAAGUCGGCUUCGGCCUCAUCCGUGGUGGCUGAGUUCACAUGGUGGCCAAGAACAGUAAGUGAUGAUGGACGUUGACUGCUUUGGUAUGUCCGCGACGUGACCCUACCUUCUCUCAUAGACGACAGAGCGGGCCAUUUCUUGGUCUGUCGGAGAUUUGCCAGGAUCAUGGGCGCUCGUUACGAUUACGCCACUGGAAGUAACGGUGAUGAUUGUGGUGCCUUGUUUCAUACUUUGGGCACCUCGACCAACUCGAUGGCGGGCGCAUGUUCCCAUCUUUAGAGAGUUCACGAACGAGCCAACAGAUAGUGAAGCCUUGCAGCGCAGUUCGUGCAGCUGAGGAGCAGCUGCGCAUGCAAAAAUGAUGUGCAUCUUUGCCGUACAUUUGCUUGUACGAGCUCGAUGGCCCAAUCAUGCUUCUCACGGAGAAAUAGGGACAUCUCAAAAUGCGGUGACAUCUGUGCAGACAGGAGUCAACGUUGACCAGUCCCGACCAAUGCGGCCGCAGAAGGAAUAAAUAUCUGAAACGUAGCGCCAUCUUGUUGACUUAGGGCGUGGCGCGUGCAUUGCAGAUUCUGGAGAGACCAAUCCCUCGAAGAGGCACACUGAUCAUCGACCUGCCGCAAGGAG